UCGAUAGCAGAUACAUGCGCAUUUCGAAAAACCCUCUGCGUGUCUCUUCUUAAUAUUUAAUAAAAUCCAUAACACUAUUAAGUACCAUCGAUAACUUUCAGUCAGGAGUAUUUCAUUUGAAUAUGUCGAGCGACAUCAGGGAUUUUUACCGCAACAAAAAUGUGCUGGUUACCGGAGCCACCGGAUUUUUGGGGAAGAUAAUCGUGGAGAAACUGUUAAGGACUUGUGACGUGGGCGGUAUUUACUUGAUCGUGAGACCGAAGAAGGGACUGUGUCCUGACGAACGGCUCCGUAAUUUGCUAGAGGAACAAGUGUUUGAAAAAGUCAAAGUAAUGGACAUUAACGCUACCAAAAAGAUAUACAUUAUCGAAGGCGAUUUGUCAAAAAAAGGACUAGGAUUGAGUAAGGAUGAUACUGAGCUCAUUCAAAGUAUAAUUAACGUGGUAUUUCAUUGCGGAGCAUCGCUGAAUAUGGAUUCUAAACUUGCUGAUGCAGUCACCACGAACGUCAAAGGGACAGCGGAAAUUCUGGAGAUAAUGAAAGAGGUAAAAAAUCUUCAUGCCUUUGUUCUGGUCUCCACAGCUUACUCAAACUGUUACGAGCGACGCAUCGAAGAGAGAUUCUACGAGCCUCCAAUUGAUCCUGACCUACUGAUUAGAAUGACGGAAGACUUAAAUGAGCAUAUUUUGGCUAGUAUUAGUCCUGGGUUAAUAGGAAUAUGGCCAAAUUCUUACGUCUAUUCCAAAGCAAUCGCGGAAAAUUUACUCUUAACCAAAGGAAAAAAUCUUCCCGUAGGCUUAUUCAGACCUGCUAUCGUGACAUCGACUGUAUCGGAGCCAGUUCCUGGAUGGUCGGACAAUCUGUACGGUCCUCUGGGCAUUCUGCUCUCUUCUCAUUGUGGCAUCCUGAGAGUAGUCAGGGCCAAUGGCGAUAUCAAGUCGCAUACGGUCCCUGGAGACAUGUGCAUCAAUGCCUUGUUGUGCUUGGCGUGGGACAUCAGUCAAAGAUGGAAAACCACGUCUGAAAAUUAUUACCCACCAGUACUGAACUUUUCUGCAAAAGGCAGCAAGCUUCUAAUACCGAUGAAGCAAUACGUUGACUGCAAGAAAAUAGACUACAUACCUUUUAAAAGAGCUAUGUGGUACCAAAUGCUGUUCCUCGUAAAGACUAAAUACAAUUAUCUAAUAGUAAAGUUCUUGUUGCAUACUGUACCUGCCUAUUUGAUAGACUCAAUGCUCAUAAUCUUUUGCAGGAAACCCAGAGUGAAGAAACUGUACACCAAACUGGAAAAAAUAUCGGACGUGCUGUAUUACUUCUUGAUAAACGAAUGGGACAUCGAAAAUGACAACGUAUUAAAGUUAUGGGAAAAAUUGAAAGAAAACGACAAAAUUACGUUCAAUUUUGACAUCAACACCAUAGAUAUGGACAACUAUUUUAAGAACCUGUUAAUAGGUUUAAAGAAAUAUGUCCUCAAAGAAGAUAUGACGAAAUGUAAAUUUCACAUGAAAAGAUAUAAACGGCUGAUGCUGCUACAUUUUACGUUUAAAUAUUCAUUAUUAGGCUUUUCGGCUUAUUCAAUAUUUAAAGGUGUGAGCAAACUUCUAGCUACAAAAGAAAGAUAACAAAAGUAAAGAACUCUCUACGAAUUUCAUCAAAUUCGUUUUUAAUGUUGAGCAAAAAGCACUGGAACUGA